GAAGCCUGGUCCGCCAUAUUGGAAGAGAAGCCUUCGCCGCUGGCUCCUGAGGAGGGCGCGGGCCGGGCCUCUGCCUCCGUCUCGUUCCCGUUUCCUUCCUUCCUUCCCCUUAGAAACGGAGGCCGGGGGGCUGCCCCUCUUCCCGGGUCUCCUUCCCCCUUUCCUCCGCCAUGACUUCGCUGACCCAGCGCAACUCGGGCCUAGUGCAGCGCCGCACCGAGGCCUCCCGCAGCGCCGCCGACAAGGAGCGGGUGGCCGGGGGAGGCCUGGCCGGAGGCGGCCUUGGCGGGGGCAGCGGCACCGGAGGCCCCGAGGAGGACGGGCGGCGGGACGAGGCCGGCGACGAGGAGAAGGGCGACUCCAAGGAAACGCGGCUGACGCUCAUGGAGGAGGUGCUGCUGCUGGGCCUCAAGGACCGAGAGGGUUACACGUCGUUUUGGAAUGAUUGCAUUUCCUCUGGGCUCCGUGGAUGUAUGUUAAUUGAAUUGGCACUGAGAGGGCGUCUUCAGCUGGAGGCAUUUGGAAUGAGACGCAAAAGCCUGCUAACUAGAAAGGUAAUCUGCAAAUCAGAUGCUCCUACAGGAGAUGUUCUACUUGAUGAAGCUCUGAAGCACAUUAAAGAAACACAACCUCCAGAAACAGUGCAGAACUGGAUAGAACUGCUUAGUGGUGAGACGUGGAAUCCCUUAAAAUUGCACUACCAGCUAAGAAAUGUACGUGAACGGUUAGCUAAAAACCUAGUGGAAAAAGGGGUUUUGACUACAGAGAAACAGAACUUUCUCCUCUUUGACAUGACCACACACCCUCUCACCAACAACAACAUUAAGCAGCGCCUCAUCAAGAAAGUUCAAGAAGCCGUACUUGACAGAUGGGUGAAUGACCCCCACCGCAUGGACAAGCGCUUGCUGGCUCUCAUUUAUUUAGCCCAUGCCUCCGAUGUCCUUGAGAACGCUUUUGCCCCCCUUUUGGAUGAGCAGUAUGACCUAGCCACAAAGAGGGUACGGCAGCUCCUGGAUUUAGAUCCUGAGGUCGAAUGUAUGAAGGCCAAUACAAACGAGGUCCUGUGGGCUGUAGUAGCAGCCUUCACAAAAUAACUGCAAUCAAAUUGCUCAAGUGUUCUUUUCCCCCAUUUCAUGUAAAUCAGUUGAUCUUCAAUUGACGAUCCAUGUUUCUGUCAUCUGUACCUCUUCUCAUAUGAUGAAAAUCUUCUCUUGUUCAUGGGAAUGGUAGGUGAUGUGUUCUGGUUUUUUUCAUGUAUGUGUGUUUGCUAAAGAAUUUGGCUGGUAUAAGAGAGCUUCCUGUUCUUAAACAUGCUCAACUGUCCCAUUGGCACGCUGUUUCUUAUCAUGUUUAAGUUACUUUAUCUGAAUUUUCAUUGUACUCCUCUUUCUUCCGCCGGAAUAGUUUCAUGAAGAAGCAUCUCCUAGGACAGAAGCAGAACCUGGUUUCUAGUUGAUCCAUCUGUUUGAUCUGCCUCAGCAGUGUGUGGCAGCACAAUUGGGGCCCAAAUCAUGAAAGCAUCUUGAAAUCAUCAAAAGUAGUUUUGGAGAAGCCUCAGAGAACAGUUUAACAGGCUGUGUUAAAUCACCAAGCAUUUGAAGCAGGUUGUUACUAAAAUGGAGCAGAGAGUAGCACAAUAGCAGCACCUGGUAGGCCGUGCUCUUUCUUUCUAGAUAUUGGUUUGGAAGUACUUAAACAUUUUAAAAAAUAGAAAUAUCUCCCAAUUCAUUAAAAAUACUUGGUUCAUUUCAUGCAUUGUGCUGGUUGUGUUAAAUCCUUGCUGUCUAUUUGUUUUCAUUUUUUUAAAAAUAGCUCUGAAUCCUAAGGUCCAGUUGUUUCACAAAGUUGUUUCAGGAUGGGAUACAUUCCAGUGUAAUUGUACAUGGUAAGAUUUGUGUAAUUAGCAUACAAAUACAUCUCACUAAUUUUAGUAAAUUUCCAAAGUUGAACUAAUUGUACACCUAGUGGCCCAUUAUUUACUUCCAGCCACUUUCUCUUAGUGAUAAGAUGGGCCUCCUAUAAAGUAAGUGUGUGUGUGUGUGACACCUCUAUUAUCUUGUGUCUCUGGGGUUUGCACCUUCCAGGUGCAAUCUGCCUAUGCAUUGCCUUUAUAAAAUGUGUGGUAUGAUGAGACCAUUUUAUCAUUGCUCCUUUAUUUUCCUUUGGAAGAGUACAGUUCUUGUACCAGUACAAUUCUUGAGUGCAGUUUUCAAUUUUGUAUACAAGUUAUUUUUGUGUCUCAUGUCAUUAAUCUACCUAACACUUCAGAAAACAACAGUUGUCCACCUUAGCAAGUGUUGCAUGUAAAUUGUUGCCAGGUGAUUACUACAGUUCAGCAAAUUAAGACUUCUGUAGUAGGAAGCUCUACUAUGUUUUAAUUUUUAUAUACAAUUAUGCUGAUUAGCACAUUAUUGUAAAAUAUAUAAACCAGCUUUUUAAAGAUUAUUACCUCUUUUACCAUUGCUUGUUCUGGCUUCAUUCACAAUGUAAAUAUUAUGUAUCGAACAAAUUAAAGACUGCCUUUUUUCUCUUUUUGUUUUCAAAUAACAGAACACACUAAUAGUGGGGCCGGUGUCUAGAAAUGUUGGGUUAACACUGAAAGCGGAAAAUACUAAAUGACAUAUAUAACUGUAGUUGAAAGUUAAAGGGAUCCCCAACCUGUAUACUAGCUUUUUACCUACAGUAAAUAAACUAUGAUCUUGAAAGUGCCUGAAACAGA